AGGAAAAAAGGUGUAUCAGUUUUUAUUUAUUUUUAUUUUAUGUACAUUAGUGUUCCACUGCAUGUAUGUCUGUGUGAGGAUGUCAGAUUCCCUGCAGUGGGUACUGGGAAUUGAAUGCAAGUCCUCUGGAAGAGCAGUCAGUGCCCUUAACUGCUGAGCCAUCCCUCCCAGCCCCCAAGCUGUAUCAGUUUUAAGGUUUUCAUUGUAAGUUAUCUUUUCAUUUAAGAAUGAAAAGAGGGCUCAAAAUAUAUGUCAGUGAUAGCACACUACUUGACUAAAUCCCCCAGUGAGAGGCUGGGGUGUGGCUCAGUGGUAGAGCCCCUGCCUAGAAUCCCCCAGUGAGGGGCUGGGGUGUGGCUCAGUGGUAGAGCAUCUGCCUGGAAUCCCCCAGUGAGGGACUGGGGAUGUAGCUCAGUGGCAGAGACCCUGCCUAGAAUCCCCCAGUGAGGGGCUGGGGUGUGGCCCAGUGGUAGAGCCCCUGCCUAGAAUGUACAAGCCUCUGGGUCUGACCCCCAGCACCACAAAAUUCUAAUUCCUUUCCUUUCUCAUGACUGUCCAGUUUCUGUGUGUGUGUGGUGUGUGUGUGUAUGUUGAAACGGUUUCUCUGUGUAGCCCUGGCUGUCCUGUAGACCAGGCUGGCCUGGAACUCAUGAGAUCUGCUGCCUCUGCCUCCUGGGUGCUGGGUUAAAGAUGUGGCCACCACUGCCCUGCUGACUGUCCACACUUACCAUUUCUCCCCUUAAGUUUUUACUGACUGCAGUAGUUGCCAAUGUAUUAGUGACAGUAGGCAUGACAUUGGUUUGUGAUAUGAGUGACAAAUAUAUUUUUCUAGUUAUUCGCCAGGCUUUUCCCAUAGAUUUUUUUUAUCCCUGAUGUGGGUUCAGGGCAUCAAAUUCAGGUCGCCAGGCUUGUGUCAACUCACCUGCCUAGAUUUUUUUUUGUUUUUGUUUUUCCUAAAUUGUGCAAGAUUUUGAAUCCCAAGGUUUUGUUGGUGUCUGUGAGAGGGAUUUCUUUGUUUAUAUUGAACCAUCUGGGAUUUAUUUAGCAGUGUGGAGUAAGAUCCCACUGUGCGUACAGCAAAGGAGAGCCAUGCUGAGCCCACUCAGUGUUUUCUCAUAGUCUUUCUGGUUUUUCUGCUCACUUUACUUGGGGGAGGGGUUGAGAAACAGGCUCUCUGUGUAGCCCUGGCUAUCCUGGAACUUUCCCUGUAGAUCAGGCUAUCCUCAAACCCAGAGAUCUGCCUGCCUCUGCCUUCCAAGUGCUGGAAAUAUGGGUGUGAGUUACCACACCUGGCAUCGUUACUGUCUUCAGACAAAGAGUUUAGUUAGAAUCACAUAGUACUCGGGAUAACUGCUAUCUUUAAAAUACAGAGUCUUUUCCUUUUAUUGUAUGUGCAUUGGUAUUUAGCCUGCAUGUUUGUCUGUGUGAGGGUGUCAGGUGUUGGAGUUACAGACAUUUGUCAGCUGCCAUGUGGGUGCUGGGACUUGAACCCAGGGUCCUCUUGAGGAGCAGUCGGUGCCCUUAACCACUGAGCCAUCUCUCCAGCCCUUGAGGUUUUAUUUAGCUCUACUGGGUCUGAGCUGUUCCUCUUAUGUAUGCGUGCUGUGUGUUUGCAGUGCCUCUGAAGGCCAGAAGAGGGCACUGGAUCCUUUGGAACUGGAGUUGUGAAGGGUUUUGAGCCGCCGUGGAGGGCUAGAAGCUAAACCCAGGCCUUUGCAGGAGCAACAAGGGCCCUGAGCCUCUGAGCCAUCCCUCCAGCCACUGAAUCUUUCUUUUGAGGUGUGUUUUGUCACGGUUCAUUUAAGGCAGAAUCUUACUUUUAACUCCUGCUGCCCUGAGACUAAGGGUGACUCUUCCACAUGCUGAGACUGCAGGUGAGCAGCCUCUCCUGUGGAACAGGGAACUUCCAGCAGGGUAGCUGCGGUGGUGCUUUCGCCUGCAAUCCAGGAGAGACAGGCCUGCUCUACAGAGCCGGUUUCAGGAUAGCCAGUGCUACAAAGAACCCCUGCCUCAAAGGAAAAGAUAGACAGAUAGAUAAAAAUUUUAAGAAAUAAAUAAAGCUUUACUUUACCCCACCCCACCCUUAGACAGGGUUUUUCUGUGUAGCCCUGGCUGUCCUCAAACUCACAGAGAUCCGCCUGCCUCUGCCUCCUGAGUGCUGGGAUUAAAGGUGUGCGCCCCCACACAGUUUUCAUGUUUUUUAAAGACUUCCUAAACCAGGUUGUGGUGGUUUAUGCCUGUAAGCCUAGAAUAUGGGAGGAUGAGGCAGGAGGAUCACCGGAAGUUUGAGGUCAUCUCAAAAACUGGAAAUUAGGGCUGGGGAAAUUAGAAAUUAGGGCAGCGUAUAAUUAAUAUUGUUAAAUGGAUUUCCCUAAAAUUGUCUUUCACAGGUCUAGUCAUUUAUUCCUAGGUUGUGUUUUAUUUUAUUUUGUGACGGGGUUUCUCUGUGUAGCCCUUACUCUCUAUUGGACUCACUCUGUAGACCAGGCUGGCCUGGAAAUUUGCCUGCCUCUGCUGGGGCUGCAGGCAUGUGCCACAAUGCUGGGUUAUUUCUAGAUAUUUUAUCUUUUGUCUGCGUGUGUGUCUGUGCACUUACAUGCCAGCAGCUCAAGAAGGCCAGAGGGGGCACCUGCUCCCCUGGAGCUGGAGUUACAGAUGGCUGCAAGCUGUCCUGUGGGUGCUGGGAAUCGAACCUGGGUCCUGUGGAGCCAUCUGAGCAUCUCUCCAGCCAGUAUUUUAUCUUCUAUAAAGAUAUUCCUAUUAUAUAUUCUGAAAACUUCUUUAUCACUUCAAAAAUGUUAGUUGCUGCUCAUUUUUGAGGAAGCCUGUCAGUACACUCAAUUACACUACUGUUUGUAGUUGUUCAAAUGAUUCUUGUCUGUGAUGUCGAGCAUAUGUGUUUCUGUGUGUGCUGUACAAACACACGUGAGAUACCUAGAAGCCUGGAGGACGUCAGGCGACCUCCAUCACUUGCCCUGAGGUGGUCUCCCACUGAACCUAGAGCUGGCGGCCUCCUGUGCCUGCCUCUCAGCAGUGGGCUGUGGACACGUGUGGCCUUGCUCAGCUUCUUACGUGGAAGCUGAAAUCCGAUGUCAGGCCCUCUGGUUGCACAGUGUGACGGCCAGUGUUUGUUGUCACCCUGACUUACCUGGAGAGAGGGGCCUCAGCUGAGGAGUCACCUCUAGCAUCCUGGCCUUUGAGUUAGUCCAUCAGGCGUUCUCUUCCUUGCUAGCUGAGGCAGUGAGGCCCAGCCCACUGCGGGCAGUGCCGCCGCCAGGAAAAGUGGCUGGAUGAGCCAGAAGAGAAGACCGGUGGACAGUCCCACCAUGGCCUCUGCUUCAGUCCCUGCCCUGACGCCCCUCCAAGAUGGGCUGUGACCUUUACAAAUGGAAAGAAACCCUUUCUUCUCCCAGUUUCCAUCAGUGUUUUACAGCAGCAACAGCACAGUAGAGCAUACAAGUGCUCUCAGCCCUGAGACACGUCUCCGGCCCUCUGACUUCUCUUUUUUUAAUAUUUAUUUUUAUUUUAUGCUCAUGGAUGUUUUGCCUGCAUAUGUCAGUGUGAGGGUGUCAGAUCCACUGUAACAGUUAUGAGCUGCCAUGUGGGUGCUGGGAACCGAACCCAGCUCCUCUGAAAGAGCAGCCAGUGCUCUAACCACUGAGCCGUCUCUCCAGCCCACCCCUGGCUUCUCAUUAUCGGCUCCUUGGUUGCUGCAUUCUGUAUAAUGUGGGGAGUGAUGGUGAUUUGUGAAGAUUCUUCCCAUAGUUCAGUCUCUGGAGGGAUUAAUUAAGAGUAAUUAAGAGCCUGGUUGCCCUUGCAGAGGACCCAGGUUCAGUUCCCGGCACCUGCGUGGCCCGCCACAGUCACAGACGUUUAUGAUGCCAGGUCUAGGGGACCCAACGCCCUAUUCUGGCCUGCACAAGCAUCAGGCAUGCAUGCAUGCAUGCAGCGAAACACUCAUCCACACAGACCCGUGUGGGGCUGGAGAGCUGGCUCGGCCGUCGGGAGCAUGUGCUGCUCAGCUAUGAGGAGUUUGGACCCCAGCACCGCCUGUAACUCCAGCUCCAGGGAUCCAGCCUCUGGCCUCCACGCUCGCUCACUCCGUGUACACACACACAUUCACACACAGACACAAGCACAUGCAAAUGAGAGAUGACAUCUGUUUUUCUAAAAAGAAAGAUGGUUGAAUCUUGUCAAAGGCCUCUUCAGGCUUUACACAUGGUGGACAUGGUACACGCCUGUAAUCUCAGCACGGGGAGGCCGAGACGAUGCUAAUCAGAGGCCAAUUUGAGCUUUGUAGCAAGACUCAGAGUCUCUGAAAGUGCUCCUAGAUUCCACCAGAUUCACCACGGUGGAAUGUGAAGUCAUGGUGACAAUAUUCAGCAUGAUCUUUAUAGGUUUUCAAAUUUACUAACAAGCUUCUGUGUGCGUGACACAUCUCAGUAUCUGCAGCCUUGAUGGGACCAGGGUGGCCUUGAAUCCAGAGUUCCUCCUGCCUCAGCCUCCAGUGCUGAUUGAGUCCAGAGCAUGACCACUGAGCUACACUGUGCCGGUGUGCGCCUGCCAUUGCAUAGGGUCAGUAGGCAAUUUGCAGGAGUGGUUUCCUUUCACCUUUACCUACUGAAGCCUCUCCCUGGGCCCCUCACCCUAUUUUUAUUUUUAUUUUUUUUACUUUGAGACAGGGUCUUAGUUGCCGGCACUAGCCUUGAACUCUGUAGCCCAAGCUAUCCUUGAACUUUGCUUUCUUGCCCCAGGCACCUAAGUAGCUGGGGUUCCUACGUGUGUUGGGGACAGCAUUGGCCAAUUGGUAACUUGUGGACUCUGGAUUCAUCAAAGGCACAAGAGGGUAGCUGUAAGCUGAUUCAGUGACCGCUGCAUUUCAGACAUUGGAUGCAGAUGGCUCUUACUUCUCUAGUGAGACAGGCUUUCACAUAGCGCGGGGUGGCCUCGAACUUGUUUGCUUUUCGAGACAGGGUUUCUCUGUGUAGCCCUGGCUGUCCUGGAACUCACACUCUGUAGACCAGGCUGGCCUUGAAGUCACAGAGAUCCACCUGCCUCUGCCUCCAAGUGCUGAGAUUAAUGGCGUGCGCCACCACCGGCAAUUCCAGCUUUCCGGAGGCCAAAGCAGGCAGACCUGUGUGUGAGUUCCAGCCAGCCAAGGGUGCACAGGGAGACGCUGUGCGACCCAGCCGCCGCUGCGCUCCGAGCGGGUCGCGGCCACGGCGGGAGCGGCGCACGCACCGCUAGGGGGCGGCAGAGGCCCGCGCGCGCCCUCGGGUUCCCGGCGCGCCGAGGCCCGCGCGUGCGCACAGCUUCGCGCAGCCGCCGGAGCCGGUUGCGAGCGCUUCUCCGGGGAGCGCUCUCCGGUGACCUAACGGGAUCCACGAUCGGCGAUGUCCGAGCCGCCCGGAGAGAGCUGGGUCCCCCACCUGAGCCCCGUGAACGGCGUCGGCGACGUCCUGCAGGCGCGGGUGGGCGGAGGCAGUGGGGGCCCCGAGGCCCCGGCAGGCCCGCUGGCCGGAGCCGCUCGGCCCUGGGCGCGGGCCCCGGGCCCGGCGCCCCCGCGGCUCCCCGGCGUGCCGGGCCUGAUGGCGAUGCCGCACAUGCACGCGCCGCUCCGCCUCCUGGAGCUUCACGAGCAGCGGAUGUUCCAGCACUACCUGCACACCAACCCCCUGAUCCCCACCAGGCUGCUCCGGGACAUCGAGGAGCGCCGCCGGCUCUUCGUGGAGGGCUGCAAGGCCCGGGAGGCAGCCUUCGACGCCAACCCCCCGCAGAUGGACUCGGACGCGCGCGCCUUCACUCUGGCGCUCUCCGCCUCCGACGGCGGAGGCCCCACCGCCCACUGAGCGGGACCCUAAACCGCUGACCCCCCACCCCGGAGGGAGGGGGCUGGAGGCCAGCCUGGGCUACAGCAGACUCUGUCUUUAAAAAAUAAAAAUAAAGAAUGGUGGCCAGGAAGUCAGGUGACUCUUAGGCUCAAGGGCAGAUGUCUGGGCAAAUGUCCUGAGGUGGGAAAUCCAGAAUACAGCUACGGACGGGCAGGGUGAAAUGAUGCAGGCCCAGGAAGGGACGGACACUCGGGGCUCGAAGCUGGCCGGCCAAGUGGACCCUUCCGACUUCCACCUUGUGCCGGGUAGCAAUCAUUCCCCCCCCUGCAUUUGUGGAAACUGAAGGCUGCUUCACUGUGAAGGACAAUGGUUUUGCAAAGAUGAAGUCUAAGAAUUGCCAGUGGGGGGAAAUAGAAGUCGACUGGGAUGCGAGAGGAACCCAGAAGACGCAGUUGUCAGAUACCGCUGCUUCGGGGUUUUCAGGAGACGACGUGGACAGCUCAGCACUGAGGCUCAUCUCGUGGCCGGCCGUGCCGUUAAUUCUUGUGUUUGCUGUUCUGUAGCUGUAAAUAUUCAGAUAGGGAAACGUCAUGUGUGUGUUGUGAGAUGCAUAUUUUUCAAGACUUGUGCAGUCGUAUCCAUGUGGGAGUAGAUCUGAGUUGGUGUUUAGAUGAUGGGUGUGCAGUCAACAGGACUCAAAACUAGCAAAAGAUGCUAGGGGAAGUUAAACUUCUCUCUCCGCCAAACUGAAAACAGAUAUCCGCAGUGAUUUGCGCUGGGGUGGGGAGGUUGGGUGGUUUUCCCUAGGGUUUUCAAAACCGUUUUGUAAUGCAUUUACAGAUUGAUCCCAAUCUAGUUAUCCCCAGUCCUGGGUGCUGAGAAAGGAACCCAGAGCCUUACUCACUGGAGUACUGCCAGCUGGACAGCUACAUUCCCAGUCCUUUUGAAUCAAGGUCGGGCUAGGGACAUGGCUCUGUGGCCAAAGGUGUUUGUGGCUAAGCCUUAUUAACGGAUUUGACGGCCAGCCGGUUGAGAGGAGUUCACAGCCGUUUCCCUGAGCACACACUCCUGUGCGCACACACAUGCGAUGGAAAAGCCAACCAACAGUCUAGCUGGUAUCUACAUCUUGGGUUUUUAUAUUUUAAGGUUAUAUUGAAAGUGAUUCUACAUUUUUGUAAUGACUACUAUUUAAGGCUGUAUCCUAACAUUUAAUGAAUGAGUCAUCUUCUGGA